UGACGCGGUUUUAUAAGUCGAGGAUGCCAUAUAUCUGGUUUUGUUGUCGGGGGACAAUUUUGUAAUCCGAUGAUAAGAUGAGGGGCCGUCUAUGUACAUUUCCUACUUCCUCUUCGAGAUAUGGGCCUACGUUAACCCAGCCCAAGAUGGGCCUAGGAAAUCUCAAUCUGUGGGCCGGAGUAUAUAGAACCCAAAGCCCCCACACGAUGCUCGAAAAAGUCAAGCACGCAGCCCCCACCUCCUGACACCGCCGGCCCUCGCCGGAGUGGGGACCACCACCACCACCACCACCACCAUGGACUCCGCCGCCCGCACGCUCCGCUCGCCGCCGGCGGAGCGCUUCCUCGGCAUGUUCACCUCGCCGACCCCGUCUCUCCCCACCUCCCCGACCGCGGCGGGCGACGAGCUCCUCGAGGGGGACCUCCUCUUCGCGCCGGCCCCGUCCUCGGACCCUCCGCCGCCGCCGCCUCCCGAUCCGUCCGGUAAACCGGCCCGCGUCCAGGGCGGCCACGUAGGGCUCCUCGCCGCGCUUCACGAGGGGGACAGGAAGCUCUCCGGGCGCGGCGGCGCUGCUGCCGUGGCCACCGCCGGCGCCGCCGGGGCGCUGCUCCGCCGCAAGGCGACCAUCGCCGCCGCGGAGGCGGCGGCGUUGUCCUCGGCGCAGACCCAGUCGCCCCCGUCCGCCGCGCGCGCGAUCCCAUCGGCCCCCAGGGUGAGGUUCCACCUCCCGGAGCAGCCCCCCGCGGUGCCGUACCACCAGUCGGCUCCCGUGAAGGUGCCCGUCCGGCCGCCGCCGCCGCGGAGGAGCGGGUGGGACCAUCUGGCCGGCGUGCCAGGCGACGGAUACGACGACGACGACGACGAGGAGCUCCUCCGUGGGGACGCCGCUAUGCUGCCCCCGCACGAGAUGGUGGCGCGCGCGUCCGCCGGCGGCGGCUUCGGCGGGCCGGUGAAGCCGUCCUCGAUGCUCGAGGGCGUCGGCCGGACGCUCAAGGGGCGCGACCUCCGCCGCGUGCGCGACGCCGUUCUCCGGCAAACCGGAUUUCUUGACUGAAUCCGGUAUAAAAAGGUGAUACAAAUUUCCCUUCCAAACUCAGCGAUGCAUAUGAUCCGUGUUGUAGUUUUGGUCACGGAUCACGGUAUAAUUCGACAAAGUGUGCCUUGUGCUUUGGUUACGAGGAGAGUUUGAUCAUGAGAACUUAGCUGCGCAUGCAAAUUUUUUGUUGUGUUCUUGGAGGUGUAUGUGAUCUCCAUUUGUAAUUUAUCAUCAGGCAAUAAUAAGUUGUUAGAAUGGAAUUGGGAUCCAGGAGAGCUCCUUGUAUUUUAGGAGACAAAUUUUGAGGACAUUUGGUAUUUUGUCAUUCCAAAUGUCAAUAGUUCAAUACCAUAUGCACUAUUUGCUGCAUAUGAAUCAUACCUUGUUAAAUCGAGAGAUAGAAGAGGUACCUUUUGGUAUUACACCAUUAUUGUUGUUUUCUGCUAGUGAGAUUUAUAAAUUCAUUCACUGUAAUAAGCAGAUGUUAUGCUGUUCAGUACAACAAAAUGAUUGAAAGUUUGGUCCGCUCAGCCAUAUGUUUUAUUUUUUAGAAUACACAUUUCUUAGUGAUCUAUGCAUGAAUUGCUCCAUUAUGACUUCAAAUGAAUUUGUGUGAGGUAUUUGUUUUGUUCAUGUGGACUGCUAGAUUAUGCAGGCCACCUUAUGUUAUGCUUCACUCCCUUCUUAUCUUAAUUACAUUAAAUGACCUCCUUCGGUCAUUCCGGCAAAUGUUAUGCUUCACUCCUGUACUGAUCAACUGAAUUAUCAGGAAUCAGGGUAUACGUAAUAAUAGUGCUUGAUUUGCUCA